UAACCUCCAUACACCUCGAGAAGGAAGAAGAAUGAAGCGCAGGGAACUUGGAGGAGUGAGGCAUCGCGUUGCUGUGACAUAGCUCUGCAGUGCAGACUUUAGUACAGUGUGUCCUCUGCUGCGGAGCUUCUCCGGUCCCGGUGCUGCGGUGUUCGCUCCUCUCCUUCCGGCCCCCACACUCCCAGUAACAGGCACCGGGUGGUGGAGAGGCGGCCGCCGGGUCAGAUCCCUGUCACUGACAAACUAUCCGCUCACCGCUGACACGUCUGUCCCGUCCGCUGCGGUGCUGCUAGCCCUUUAGCUAAAGUUAGCUAACCAUCCGUUGGGCGGUUAUGAUGACAAUAAAGUUAACAGAGACCCUCCACACAACUCCACGGGAACACGAAUAACAACACGUUCAGAGGAACGUCAGAAACGAGUUGCAGUGUUUUAUUUGGGGAAACUUCUCGCCCCCCACGCGGACUUUAUCCACGGUUUCCUCUCGCCGCCCGGACCGGAGCUAGCUAAUAUUGACAGAUGAUGCUGCUCUCCGCCACAACACGCCUCCUCGGAAGAGGGACGACCUUGCUCUCUAACCCCGUGAAGAGGAUCUGCGGGGAAAUGUCGACCUCCUCCCUGGCCGGCAAGCGCCUGCGGGUCCUGGUCGACAUGGACGGGGUGCUGGCGGACUUCGAGGGCGGGUUCCUGAAGAAGUACCGGGCGAGGUACCCGGCUGAGCCCUACAUUACCCUGGAGGACAGGAGGGGGUUCUGGGUGUCCUCGCAGUACGGGCAGAUGAGGAGCGACCUGUGUGAAAAAGCCAUCAGCAUCUGGGAGUCCAAAGACUUCUUCAUAGAGCUGGAGCCGCUGCCGGGAGGAGUGGAAGCCGUCAAGGAAAUGGCCAGGAUGGAUGACACAGAUGUCUUUAUUUGCACCAGCCCUAUAAAGCAUUACAAACACUGCCCAUAUGAGAAGUAUGCUUGGGUAGAGAAGCAUUUUGGCCAUGACUUUCUGGAGCAGGUCAUCUUGACCAGGGACAAGACAUUAAUCAGCGGAGACAUCCUCAUAGACGACAAGCCUGAUAUUCUUGGCGUGGAGUCCAAUCCGACGUGGCAGCACAUCCUGUUCACCGCCUGCCACAACAAGCAUCAGUCCCUCAGCCCCUCCCAGAGACGCCUCCAGUCUUGGUCGGACGACUGGAGGGCCAUCCUGGACAGCAAGAGGCAGUGAGGGACUCUUUCACCCAAGAGCCACGGCGGCCUGGCUUCCUCGUUAGUUUCUGGGCGGGGGG